AUGGUUUGCGGCGACAUCGUUAAAAGGCAGAGCCACAAACAACGUUCGCAGCGGAUCAAAAAAUCGUCUCACUGGCUUCGCUCUCACAAGACGAAAGCCUUUUAUUCGCUGAUGGAUAACUAUUUUAAUAAUUUGAAAUUUAACAAUUUAUGCUAUAGAGCACUAGAGAUGAACGUCGCCUUAGCGGUGCUCCGCGUUCAGGAAGGGCUCGAUUACACCGGCAUGAUAGGAGAUUUUGACAGCAUGGAGGAUUUCAGCAGUGGGAAACUAAAGUCGGAAGGAAUCGACAAUCCGUAAUACACCAAAAUUUUGGAAGGCAGCAUUGCCGUCUCGAAUAUGGCACCAUUCACUAAGUCGAUUAUAAUUUGUUGAUUCGAAAAAAAAAAAAUUAUCUAAUCAUCUUUAAGACCGUAGUUAUGAUUGAACAUGUUUCCAUAGUCGACGAGUCGAACACACACACAAAAUAUAAUUUUAAACGUAGAGAACCAAACACAUUCCACGUCACCUUCGAUUUGGGAAUCCUAUACACUAACCUAACCUCCAUUCUCCGUAAAUGAAAUGGUAUGUCAACAUGUCGUUCAGAAAAAACAAAACCCGGAAAAUGAAAAUAAAGAAAGAAGAAGAAUAAAUAUCAAACAUUAAACGGGUGGAUAGAAUUUAACAUAAAUACAAUGUCCGAGAAUUUACUCAAUUUACGGUUUAAUUAAUGCUUUUCAUAUUACAUUCUCUCAUUUCAGUAAAUAAAGUUUUACCUCCAGAUUUUGGAUGAUGAACAAAAACCCCACCGUCGUCGAGCAGAAGAAAUACCAAGCGUGUUUAUUUUAAAGGGAAAAUAAAAAAAAAUACUUACACGACAAUGAGGGGCGAUUAGAGUGAGACACGUUGUUUGGCACGCCCGGACGACACACGUGACAAACCAGCAAGUGAUCGAACAACCAAAAAGAUAACAACCGUCAAAUGUUCUUGCCUUGACACACGAACGAACCAGAAUCAGAUAUAAUCGUGAUAGAUUACAUAUAUAAUCUAUACCAUUAUAAGACGCAAACAGGAAUACAACAGUUGUUGCUCGGAGGAAUCUAUCUGCCACACGCUACCUCUUGCAUCUUCUUCUCUAACAAAGGGCGGAAGUUAAUGAGGGGGGAAAACAAAAGAAGAGUGACCACGCCAUAAUAAGCCAAGA